AUGUACCACCUCGUCAAGUCCAUCUACUUGCAUGCCACAAAGUACUCGGUUCUGCUGCUCGGCCUCGACAACGCGGGCAAGACGACGCUCCUCGAGCAGAUCAAAGCCUCGUACACGCCGUCGCACCCGAACCUGAAGACGGUCCCCACCGUCGGCCAGAACACAGUCACCCUCGCCCUCCCGCCGCCCAACCCGCCCAUCUACCUCAAGCUCUGGGACGUCGGGGGCCAGCACAGUCUGCGCGGCCUGUGGCAGAGCUACUAUGCCGCCGCGCACGCCAUUGUGUUUGUGCUCGACAGCUCCGACGUGGGGAGCGCGACGCUCGCGGAGCUUGGGGACGGCGUGGGGGUGAACGACGAGAUGGGCCGGUUGGACGAGGCGCGGCUCGUGCUGGAGAGCAUCCUGGGCAACGGAGAGACGAGCGGGGUGCCUGUCUUGGUGCUGGCGAACAAGCAGGAUCGCGAGGACUGCGUCGAGGUUGUGCGCAUCAAGGAGGGGUUCGUGCGGCGGGUGUUUGAGGGCGAGAAAGGGGGGAAUGUCAGGGACUCGAGGGUUUUACCAUGCAGUGCGCUGACGGGGACGGGCGUGCACGAGGCCGUCGAGUGGCUGGUAACGCGCAUGACGGGGAAUAAGGAGAGUCGGCCGCCGGUUAUGCGGUGA